AUGACACAAGAAAACACAAAACGUCCUGGCGAAACAGCCCUGGAGAACAUGAAAAUACUUAAAAAUGAAAGUUCCCUUUUUAAAGUGCCAAAAGUGCCACCAAUUAAGAGAAAAGUCACGAAAACACAUAUCUUGGACGAAGAAGAUUAUGUACAGGGAAUAGCACAGAUCAUACAAAGAGAUUUCUUCCCAGAUUUAGAGAAACUUAAGGCGCAAAAUGAUUAUUUAGAAGCUUCUGAAAACAAAGACUAUGCCAGGCUUCGACAAAUUGCUAAAAAAUACAGUGGGCAAAGACCACCUACAGAACCAUAUAAUUCUCCUGCCACAUUUGACACACCAAGCGCCGACAGACCUUUUUCUCCAUCCUCAGCAGAAACACAAUCCAUACCUAAAGAAACUGUUGAGACCUUUAAGGACAUAACUGAUAAACAUACUCUAGAUUCCUUCCUCGCUCAACAUACAAGUGAAGACAAUGCGAGCUAUGAUCGUGUUAUAGCACUUGAAAAUAAGAAGAAAGCAACUAAAAUUGCAUCCCAGUUGCAGUCAGAGGUCACCGCAGCUAUUCAAGCUGAUAAAGCAUUAGCAUUACCAUCUCUGGAGCAACAGGCUAAUCAAGAAGAGAGACCCCAUGAGCUGGACACAUGGAGGUAUCGUGCCAAGAACUACAUAAUGUAUGUGCCGGACGGGGCCGAGUCUCAACUGCCCAGUCCCAAACCAGAGCUGCAACAUCAUAACACCAGACUUACAACACAAGUGUUUGAUUCAGCUAAGAACAAAGAAGCUAUAACUGCAUUGGCAAGAAGUCAGGAUUCAGCUAUCCAAGGCAAGAUUGGUGUUGACGGUGUCAGUAUAGGCGAGAAGCCGGAGUACAACUUCGUGUCGACUCCUUCACCAAGACCGGGAGCUGGUCCGGAUCAGUCGCCUCUCAUGACCUGGGGAGAGAUAGAAGGCACUCCAUUCAGGCUGGACGGAGGAGACACACCACUACCUGCGGUGGGCGCAGGCAUGGCUUAUCGUAUGCUUGAGUCAGGCUCUCGCGAGAGAAUCGCACUGCAAUUAGCAGAGAGAGCUGCAAAGCGACGCCGACCGACAACACCAACACACACCAUGAAGUCACCUGGGAGUUUCAGAACCAACACAGAGAGGUUGGCAAGCAUGUCGCCAGCGGCAAGGAAAUUGGCGGCAAAGCACUUACUGUCGCCUCGCUCGAAAUUAACACCCAACGCUAUGGGUAUAUCGCAUAAAACACCAAAAACAACCCCAUCGCCGGGAACACCGCUGGUAGCGACACCAAAAACACCAUCAUCAGCUAAAAAACCUGAAAACUCAUCUCCUACUCCUGAGAGCAGUUCACAGAUAGAUAACAACAUCACAGAUAAUCUAUUACAGAUAAACCUAGCAAAGAGGACCAGGCUAAAAGCACAAGAUUUCUUCAAAUAA